AGGCACGUCACUUCCUGUUUCUUUAGGGGAACGUGGCUUUUCCCCGCAGUACCUCGCCUUCCAUCUGCGUUCGUGCUGCGGCGGCCGGAGCUGGAGUCGGAGCCCGAGCGCAGCCUCGCCAUGGAUUCGGCCCUCAGCGACCCGCACAACGGCAGCGCCGAGGCCAGCAGCCCUACCAACGUCUCGACGCGGCCGCCCUCCACGCCCGAGGGCAUCGCGCUGGCCUACGGCAGCCUCCUGCUCAUGGCGCUGCUGCCCAUCUUCUUCGGCGCCCUGCGCUCAGUGCGCUGCGCCCGCGGCAAGAGCUCGUCAGACAUGCCGGAAACCAUCACCAGCCGAGAUGCCGCCCGCUUCCCCAUCAUCGCCAGCUGCACUCUCUUGGGGCUCUACCUCUUCUUCAAAAUAUUCUCCCAGGAGUACAUCAACCUCUUGCUGUCCAUGUAUUUCUUCGUGCUGGGGAUCCUGGCCCUGUCCCACACCAUCAGCCCCUUCAUGAAUAAGUUUUUUCCAGCCAACUUCCCAAAUCGCCAGUAUCAGCUGCUCUUCACACAGGGCUCUGGGGAAAACAAGGAAGAGAUCAUCAACUAUGAGUUUGACACUAAGGACCUGGUGUGCCUGGGCCUAAGCAGCGUCGUUGGUGUCUGGUACCUGCUGAGGAAGCACUGGAUUGCCAACAACCUCUUUGGCCUGGCCUUCUCCCUUAAUGGGGUAGAGCUUCUGCACCUGAACAACGUGAGCACUGGCUGCAUCCUGCUUGGCGGACUCUUCAUCUAUGACAUCUUCUGGGUAUUCGGCACCAACGUGAUGGUGACUGUGGCCAAGUCCUUUGAGGCACCAAUCAAAUUGGUGUUCCCCCAGGAUCUGCUGGAGAAGGGCCUUGAAGCGGACAACUUUGCCAUGCUGGGACUUGGAGAUAUCGUCAUUCCAGGGAUUUUCAUUGCCUUGCUGCUUCGUUUUGACAUCAGCUUGAAGAAGAACACCCACACCUACUUCUACACCAGCUUCGCCGCCUACAUCUUCGGCCUGGGCCUCACCAUCUUCAUCAUGCACAUCUUCAAGCAUGCCCAGCCCGCUCUCCUGUACCUGGUUCCUGCCUGCAUUGGCUUUCCUGUCCUGGUGGCACUGGUCAAGGGAGAAGUGGCAGAGAUGUUCAGUUAUGAGGAGUCAAACCCUAAAGAUCAAGCAACUGGAACUGAAUCCAAAGAGGCGACAACAGAGACGGCAGCAUCGAAGAAGCUAGAGAAGAAGGAGAAGUGAGGCAGCCGCUGCCUGACCCUUGAGGGCCAGAUGGGACAGCCGGGGACGGCCUGCGGGCGAUAGCGACAGGACACCUGCAGAGACGAAGGUGGCUCCAGGACGGGGAGCGGGCCUCUGCUGCCUGUUUCCCUCUCCCCUUUCUCUGGCUUCCUCUGCUGCUCCUCAUCCCCUGCAGGCCAAGGAAACCCUCUGCUUCUUCUUCCCCCAGGAGCCAGGUGGGAGCCGAACGUGGUUUUUAGAUUUUGUAUUGUGGACUGACUCACAUUAAAAACUCAUCCCAUGGC